AUGCUGGUCCGAUGCCGACGGGCACUGAGCACACAGCCGUGGAGCCGGGCCCUCGGGUCGACGCAGCGGUACGCGCCGAGCCUCUCGACGGACGACUAUUGCCGCAUGACGAUCGAGUCGCGCGCAUAUGACAUUGCCGUCACGACGCCGCUCAUGAAGGCGCACUCGAUGUCGGAAGCGCUCGGCAACACGAUCUUGCUCAAGCGCGAGGACAUGCAGCCCGUCUUCUCGUUCAAGAUCCGCGGCGCGUACAACAAGAUGGCGCACUUGUCGACGACCAAGCGCGACGCGGGUGUCGUAUGCUGCAGCGCCGGCAACCACGCGCAGGGCGUCGCACUCUCGGCCAAGACGCUUAAGCUCCACGCGACGAUCGUCAUGCCGCUCGCGACGCCCGAAAUCAAGGUCAAGGCCAUCAUCCUGCACGGCAACAACUUUGACGAGGCGGCCGCCGAAGCGCGGCGCAUCGAGGCCGCCGAGGGCCGGACCAUGAUUCUGCCGUUCGACGACCCGCUCCAAACGACGGGAAAGCCGCUCGAUGCCGUCUUUGUGUGCUGCGGUGGCGGUGGCAUGCUGGCGGGUGUUGCCAACUGGGUCAAGCACUUUCGCCCGAGUGUCAAGGUCAUUGGCGUCGAAGCGGCGGACGCAGCAGGCAUGACGGCGUCUCUCGCGGCAGGCAAGCGCGUCGAGCUCGACCAAGUCGGGCUCUUUGCCGACGGCGCGGCCGUCAAGCUCGUGGGCGAGGAGACUUUCCGCAUCUGCCAAGCGCACGUCGACGAGAUGAUCACGGUGACCACCGACGAGAUUUGCGCGGCGAUCAAAACGGGCUUCAACGACACGCGCGUUGUGCUCGAGCCCGCGGGCGCGCUCGCGAUCGCGGGCGUCGACCGCUACAUCAAGGACAAGAAACUGCGCGGUGGCACGUACUGCGCGAUCACGUCGGGCGCCAACAUGGACUUUACGCGGCUGCGCUUCGUCUCGGAGCGCGCCGACAGCACCGAGACGCUCAUUUCCGUCAAGAUCGACGAGCGUCCCGGGGCCUUUGAGCGGUUGCACUCGUACAUGGACGCGGAGGGCGUCCGCAUCACGGAGUUUAGCUACCGCUACUCGGAGAAGGACAACGCACACAUCUGCAUGUCGUUUCAGAGCCCGUCCCGCGAGCAGUCGGACAGCGUACUUGCACGGCUCAGCGGCGCCGGCUUUUCGGUCAAGGACCUCCGCGAGAACGAGCUCGCCAAGGUGCACGCGCGGCACCUCGCGGGCGGCAAGAGUGUGCUCGUUGGGAACGAGCGGCUCUUCCGGUUCGAGUUUGCCGACAAGCCCGGUGCGCUCAAGGCGUUCCUCACACACAUGCACGGCGGGUCGACGUGGAACAUUUCGCUCUUCCAUUACCGCAACCACGGCGCCGACAUUGGCCGCGUCCUCGUCGGGUUCCAAGUGCCCCCCGGCGACGAAGGGCGGUUCGGCGAGUAUCUCCGCGCUGUCGCCUACCACCACGUCGACGAGACGCACAACCCCGUGUACAAGCAGUUCUUGGCCCGAUGUAACGAGUAG